AUGAGCAGUAACAAUGAACGUCACAACAGGAUCCAGCAGGAAACACAGCUGCUCCUCUCUUUCUGCAGGGCGGACCUCCGCUGCCCAGAGUUUCAGGCCAGUCAUCCCGUUCCUCCUGGCUCUAAGCAGUACUUUGAGUACCUGCAGAGCAGAGGGGUGACCCACUUCAAAGUACCGCUGUCAUGGGCUCAACUUCUUCCUACAGGCCACCCCAGCCAGCCCCAGCAGGCUGUGGUUAGAUGUUACCAGACCCUGCUGAAACAGCUGCUGGAAGCAGGUCUUCAGCCUCUGGUCAUCCUUCAUGGAUGGACAGUUCCAGAGUCUCUGCAAUCAAGGUAUGGAGGCUGGGAGAGCCAGGAGCUGGCACAGAUGUUUCAGCAGUAUGCAGAGUUUGCCUUCCAAGAGUUUGCACCACUUGCACACUCAUGGAUGGACUUCUUGUCAGUGCACAUUGACUACAACUGUGCCAUCUCUUCAGAGUUUGAAAAUGAACUGAGGAACUUACAGAUUUUGAGCGGGAACUUGCCUAUCCUGAUUUACGAGAUGAGCGCUCAUGAUUGUUCUCCCAAUGAUUACCAGCUUCUUGGAGAUUUCCUAAAUGUCUUGAUGGACAAUGGCCUGAAUAUUAUGGGAUGUGACAUGAAGGACAUGUUAGGCAAACUGGACACGGAAGAUGCUCUUGUCAAUCAUGGCAUUUCACACCACACCAGGGUGACAGGGUUAAGAAACAGUUAUCAGACUGUGUGGGAUAAAUUUAAGUCCCAGACCACAGCAGAACGAGAUCUUUUCCUUCAGGAAUCAUUCCCCUCUGGCUUCCAGUGGGCCACCUCCAGCGUAUCUUUUAAGACUGAAGGUGGCUGGUCAGAAGGUGGGAAAGGAGAGACUUCUGACUCUGUACCAGCAAAGCUCCCAGUUUUCACUCCCACAGAGAGCCAGAGGAUACUUGGUACUGCUGACUUUUUUGGUUUAAAUCACUAUACUUCUCGGCUAGUCAACAGCAGUGAUGGUGGGUGCACCCCUAGUCCUGACGGUGUGGGUGACUUCCAUGCAACUGUGGACCCCACAUGGAGUUCCACAGCUUCUGACUGGAUCUAUCCUGUUCCUUGGGGACUUAGAAGGCUCCUAAACUACAUUUCAACAGAAUACCUGAGUGCUAACAAAUUACCUGUAUACAUAACAGGAAAUGGGAUGCCAACAGAUUACAGUGUUGACAGUCUCACUGACACCAGCAGAAUGGACUACAUGAGAAGUUACAUCAAUGAGGCCCUGAAAGCAACACUCACAGAUGGAGUGGAUGUGCAGCGAUUCACAGUGCAGUCACUCAUGGAUGGAUUUGAGGCAAACCAAGGCUACAGUCAAAGAUUUGGUCUUCACUAUGUCAACUUUGAAGUGGGAUCCAGACCAAGGACCCCAAAGCAAUCUGCAUAUUUGUACGCUGAGAUUAUCGAGCAAAACGGUUUCAGUUCACAAAAAAGUAAGAAGUUUAAAGCUGCAGAAAGGCCAUUAACUCGACGUUUAGCUGCUUUACCACCCUCAGAAGUUCCAUCUCAGGCAAAGGUAGUUUGGGAGAAAUUCUCUUCACAGUCAAACUUUGAUAGAAAAAUGUACCAUUAUGGCACUUUUCCUGAGGGCUUCAGUUGGGGAAUUUCUUCUUCGGCCUACCAAAUUGAAGGUGGCUGGAAUGCUGAUGGCAAAGGUCCUAGUAUAUGGGAUAGAUUCACGCAGACAACUAACACUAUUCCUGAUAAAGCAAACGGCAAUGUAGCCUGUGACAGUUACAACAAACUUAAUGAAGAUCUCUACAUGCUGCGGGCUCUGAGGGUGAAGUCAUACAGAUUCUCUUUGUCCUGGUCCAGGAUCUUUCCUGAUGGCACACGUAAGUCCCUCAACCAGAAAGGUGUUGACUACUACAACAGACUCAUUGAUGGUCUUAUAGCGUACAAUAUCGAACCCAUGGUAACACUGUACCACUGGGACCUUCCUGAAGCUUUGCAAAAGGUCAAUGGCUGGGAAAGUGCAGAGAUGAUUGACAUUUUUAAUGACUAUUGCGACUUCUGCUUUGCUACUUUUGGUGACAGAGUGAAAUUCUGGAUAACCAUUAACCAGCCUCAGACAAUUGCAUGGUCUGGAUAUGGACUUGGAAAUAUGCCACCAAAUGUUGUGGACCCAGGAUAUAGACCAUACAUAGUUGCACACAACCUCAUUAAAGCCCAUGCCAAGGCCUACCAUACAUAUGACGACAAGUAUCGCCAGUCUCAGGGUGGUCUAAUCUCCAUAGCCCUCAACGCUGAUUGGUUUGAACCUGCUGAUGUCAACGUAGUCCGUGAAGUGGUGACUGCUGACCGGGCGAUGCAAUUCCAACUGGGAUGGUUUGCACAUCCUAUUUUUAAGAAUGGUGACUAUCCUGAUGCACUGAAGUGGCAAGUUGGGAACAAAAGUGAAAUCCAAAGUCUUCCACAGUCAAGACUUCCUUCCUUUACUGAAGAAGAAAAGAACUUCAUCAAGGGAACUGCUGAUGUAUUCUGUGUAAAUCAUUACACUACAAGGGUAGUGAGCUAUUUUACAGCUGCACUUCAGCCUCACUCCUAUGAAUCAGACCAGGACAUGAGAGAAGCAGAGGAACCUGAUUCACCAACUACAGCCAUUCCUAACCAAAAAGCUGUGGCCUGGGGCUUGAGGAGACUCCUCAACUGGAUCAAGGAGGAGUAUGGUGAUCCAGAGAUUUAUAUUACUGAGAAUGGAGCAGCAGUAGAAUGGGACGACUUUGAAAGAGUAAUGUUCUACAAGACCUAUAUCGAUGAGGCUCUCAAAGCCAAUAACCUUGAUGGUGUGCGGUUGCGAGGAUACACAGCAACAGCUUUUAUGGAUUCUUUUGAGUGGCUGCACGGGUACAAAUUUCUAUUUGGGCUGCACCAUGUGGACUUCACAAACCCAGAUCGUCCAAGAACACCAAAGUACUCAGCUCAUUACUAUUACAACAUCAUAAAGGAUAAUGGUUUCCCCUUGCCAGAUGAUGAGAAGAUGCUUCAUGGCCAUUUUCGAGAGGAUUUUAUGUGGAGUUCUGCUUCAGCAUCAUACCAAAUUGAAGGAGGAUGGAGGGCAGAUGGAAAAGGUCUAAGCAUCUGGGACAAGUUCGCUCACAGUCCUUCCAAAAUAUUAAAUGAUGACAAUGGGGACAUAGCCUGUGACAGUUACAAUAAAAUAGAAGAGGAUGUUGCGAUAUUAAAGCAGCUGAAAGUCAGCCAUUAUCGUUUCUCCUUAUCCUGGCCGAGAGUCCUUCCUGAUGGCACCAUUAAUAACAUUAACGAGGCUGGAAUCAACUACUACCAAAGACUUUUGGACGCACUGCAUGCUGCAAAUAUCCAGCCACAGGUUACUCUGUACCACUGGGAUCUACCACAAGCUAUAGAGGAUUAUGGAGGCUUUUUGAAUGACAGCUUUGUUAAGCUUUUCAGGGACUAUGCUGACCUCAUGUUUGACCGUCUUGGUGACAAAGUGAAAAUUUGGAUCACCUUUAAUGAGCCGCUCGUUGUAGCCCGCCAUGGAUAUGGCUUUGGAGACUUUGCCCCAGGAAUCAGUUCAGGUCCAGACACUCUGCCCUACAUUGUUGGUCACAACCUGAUUAAAGCUCAUGCCGAGGCCUGGCAUCUCUACAAUGACAAGUACAGGGCCAAACAGAACGGCAUAAUCUCCAUCACAAUCAGCUCUGACUGGUCUGAACCCAGAAAUCCUUAUAGACAGGAGGACUAUGAUGCUGCACGACGUGUGGUGGAGUUCACUCUUGGCUGGUUUUCCCAUCCCAUAUUUAAUGGUGACUACAGUGAAAUUAUGAAGACAAGAAUAAGAGACAGAAGUCUAGCUGCUGGUCUACCACAGUCUCGGUUGCCUGAGUUUACUCAAGAGGAGAUUAAGAGAAUUAAGGGCACUCAUGACUUCUUUGGAUUGAACCAGUACACAUCUGUGCUGGCAUUCCCUGUGGACCAUGGAAAUAUUGCAAGCCUUGAGGCAGACAUUGGUGCAGCGACAGUUCCUGAUCCCACUUGGUUGGAUUCAGCCUCCGUCUGGCUAAAGGUCACACCAUUUGGUAUCCGCAGAUUGCUGAACUUCAUCAAAAAUGAAUAUGGAAAUCCACCAAUUAUUGUCACUGAGAAUGGAGUCUCAGAGCAGGGACCUAUUGAUCUAAAUGAUGUUCACAGGAUCUACUACUAUGAACAGUACAUUAACCAGGUGUUGAAAGCUUACUUGCUUGAUGGUGUGGAUGUGCGUGGUUACACAGCGUGGUCACUGUUGGACAACCUAGAGUGGGCUUCUGGCUUUUCACAGAGAUUUGGUCUGUUCUACGUUAAUCGCUCAGACCCUAAUCUUCCUCGAGUGCCUAAGAGCUCUGUAAAUUUCUAUGCCACAGUCAUAAAGUGCAACGGAUUCCCUGAAUCAGGAGUGCCUGAACCCAGAGUCUGGAGCAACAACCGCGCCAACAAAUUCCUUGGUCUGGAUCUCUCCGCCGAUGAUGCUGAGACUGGACUUUACACCACAUUUGCUCUACUGAUUGUUGCAGUAGUAGGAGUCAUUUCUUCAGUCAGCACUCUACAGCCCUCACCACACUCCCUGCCCCUGGCUGAUGCCCCCAGGCGCCGGUGCGUUGGUGGUUCUAAGUGUCUGGGGCUGGGCGCUCACGUAUGUACUGGCUCACUCCUGGUGGCUGCUUGGGGGCCAGCGGGCACAUCACUGCAGGCCCCUUUGGCUUCUGCUCCAUGGCUGCUGGUUGACCCCAUAUCUGUGGCUCUUCUCAGCUCCUUCCAGGAGGGCGGCACGGAUGCCCCUCCAAUGGUCCUCCUUGGGCUUUUGCACUCUGGAUGUCAUGGGCCUGGAUCUCCUGCAUGCCUGCUUCAUGUCCUGGGGGACAGGGCCAUGGCUCCCUACAUCCUCUAG